AUGCAGGUGUACACGGAGCUCGUGGCUCCCUCAGCCGUCACACAUUCUCUGAGCCUAUCGUUGACGUCUGCUUCUGCGAAUAACCUCGUUGUCGCCAAAGGGUCACUGCUUCAGAUUUUCGCAACGGAAUCGAUUUCGGCCGAACUCGACCCUCAGGCGCAAACAGAAGGCGCAUUGUCUUCAGUCAGAGAAGAUGAUGCACACUUUGACCACCGAGCCAAUGACGACGAUGGUCUUGAAGCCUCGUUUCUCGGCGGCGAUGCAAUCAUCCUUCGAACCGACCGUGCCAACAAUACGAAGCUAGUUCUGGUUGCCGAGAUCCCAUUGGCCGGUACCGUCAUUGGAUUGGCGAGGGUCAAGCUCAAUAACACUGCCUCCGGUGGUGAAGCUUUGCUUUUGGCGUACAAGGCCGCCAAGAUGUGCUUGACAGAAUGGGACCCUCAGAGACACACUCUCGAAACCACAUCGAUCCAUUACUACGAAAAGGACGAGCUGCAGGGCGCGCCAUGGGAGAUACCCUUUGGCGACUACGUCAACUACCUCGAAGCUGAUCCCGGAAGUAGAUGCGUGGCUUUCAAAUUUGGAAGCAGAAAUUUGGCAAUUUUGCCUUUUACCCAAGUUGAAGAGGAUUUAGAAAUGGAUGACUGGGACGAGGAUCUGGACGGUCCUCGUCCUGUCAAGGAAGCGCCCGUCACAAAUGGGGACAGUGGCGAUGGUUUGGCCAAGUCAAGAUACACGCCAUCAUUUGUUCUCCGACUGCCGCUGUUGGACCCGGCAUUGCUGCAUCCGGUACACCUUGCCUUCUUGUACGAGUAUAGAGAACCCACGUUCGGCAUCUUGUCCUCGACGCAAUCGCCCUCUGCGGCCCUUGGUAUUAAAGACCACCUCACUUACAAGGUCUUCACUCUGGACUUGCAGCAAAGGGCAUCCACCACAAUUCUGUCCGUAACGGGGCUCCCCGGGGACCUUUUCAAAGUUAUUGCCCUUCCGGCGCCUAUGGGAGGUGCGCUGCUGGUCGGAGAAAACGAGCUGAUCCACAUCGACCAGUCUGGUAAACCGAAUGGCGUAGCUGUCAACGACAUGGCAAAGCAAAUGACAUCCUUCAGCUUAGUUGAUCAAUCUACCUUGGGGCUGAGAUUGGAAGGAUGUGCCGUUGAACUACUCGCAAAUGACAUUGGCGAGCUGCUGUUGAUUUUGAACGAUGGGCGCCUUGCCGUCAUUUGCUUUCGCAUCGACGGCCGGACAGUCUCUGGAAUCAGUAUCAAGCUUAUCAGUGUUGAAUGCGGUGGAAACUUAAUAAAGAGCAGAGUAUCUUGCAUAUCAAAGUUGAGCAAGAAUACACUGUUUUUGGGAAGUGAACAUAAUGACUCGGUCGUGUUAGGUUGGUCAAGGAAACAGGGCCAGGAAAGGAGGAAGAAGUCGCGAAUUUUGGACCCCGACCUGGCUUUGGAUGUGGAUGAGCUGGACCUGGAUGACGACGAAGACGAUGAUCUAUAUGGAAACGACUCUACCCAAGCCAAGCCCAGCCAAAACGUCAACGGAAACUCGAAACCGGGUGAAGUCAGCUUCCGAAUUCAAGAUACGCUUCUAAGCAUCGCUCCUAUUCAAGACUUUGCCUGUGGCACACCUGCCCUUGCGUCUGAUAGCGAGGAGACCUCGCUGUGCAAGGGUGUGACGGCGGAGCUUGAGUUGGCCUGCGCAGUUGGCCGCGGAUCCGGUGGUUCGGUGGCGAUCCUCAACAGGGAAAUACAACCCAAGGUUAUUGGCAAGUUUGAUUUCCCGGAAGCCAGGGGCUUUUGGGCCAUGAGUGUCAAGAAGCCAAUGCCAAAAGGCGCCGCGGUUGCUGGCGACUUUGACACCGCUGGGCAGUACGAUAGAUACAUGAUUGUAGCCAAGGUUGAUCUUGAUGGCUACGAGACGUCUGAUGUGUACGCAUUGACGGCGGCUGGUUUUGAGACCUUGAAAGAUACAGAAUUUGAGCCUGCUGCUGGAUUUACAGUUGAGGCUGGAACCAUGGGCAAACAGAUGAGGAUUAUUCAAGUUCUGAAAUCUGAGGUACGGUGUUACGACGGGGACCUUGGCUUGAGUCAAAUCCUACCAAUGUUGGACGAAGAUACUGGGGCAGAGCCGCGAGCUACAAGUGCCAGCAUUGUUGACCCGUACUUGCUUCUGAUUCGGGACGACAGCAGCGUUUUCAUCGCCCAAAUAGACAACAACAAUGAGUUGGAAGAGGUUUCCAAGCCGGACGGGCCUCUAAAAUCGAUCAAGUGGUCGUCCGGCUGCCUGUACAAUGACGCAAAAGGUGUCUUUCAGGACAACAUCAGCGAGCAGCAGACGGGGGAGGCAGAUCGAAUCAUGAUGUUUUUGCUCAGUGCCUCUGGAGCCUUGCAUGUUUAUGCACUUCCCGACCUCUCGGAGCCCGUAUUCGUCGCGGAGGCUCUCACAUCUAUUCCACCCUUCUUGUCUGCAGACUUUAUCGCUAGGAAAGGUGCAAGCAAGGAGAGCAUUGCGGAAAUUCUUGUGGCUGACUUGGGCGACACCAUUGCCCAAUCGCCUUAUCUGAUUGUCCGCCACGCUACCGACGACUUGACUCUUUACGAGCCAAUACGAUACCAAAAAGAGAUCGGCUCAAAGUUGUCAUCGUCUCUUUUGUUCAAAAAAUCCGCCAACACAGCACUCGCCAAGACGGCGCCCGAAAUCACAGAGGAAGACGCUGAACCAACACGAUUCGUCCCUCUAAGGCGAUGCGCCAAUGUCAAUGGGUACAGCACGGUAUUCCUGCCCAACGCCUCUCCAAGUUUUGUGUUAAAAAGCAGUAAAAGCGUACCGCGAGUGCUUGGACUACAAGGUCUCGGUGUCCGAGGAAUGAGCACAUUUCACACGGAAGGUUGUGACCGCGGAUUCAUAUAUGUCGACACAGAGGGCAUUGCGAGAGUCACGCAGCUUCCAAGCAACACCAACUUCACGGAACUCGGCCUAUCUGUCCAAAAGAUACCUCUUGGCGGCGAUGUGGGCAUGAUAUCAUAUCAUCACCCCACUGGGACCUACGUAGCCGCCUGUACAAAGCUGGAACAAUUUGAACUCCCGAAAGAUGACGAUUAUCACAAGGAAUGGGCAAGGGAAACCACCAACUUCCCUCCAACCAUGCCGCGAGGCAUUCUGAAGCUCAUCAAUCCAGUGACAUGGACAGUGAUUCACGAGCUGGAGCUUGAGCCUUGCGAAUCCAUCGAAAGCAUGAAGACUCUUCACUUGGAAGUGUCCGAGGAGACCAAGGAGCGAAAGAUGCUCGUCGCGGUUGGCACAGCACUGUCAAAAGGUGAGGACUUGCCAACUAGAGGGCGUGUGCAAGUGUUUGACAUUGUGACGGUCAUCCCACAGCCUGGCCGACCGGAAACGAAUAGGCGGCUCAAGCUUGUUGCCAAAGAAGAAAUACCCAGAGGUGGCGUUACGGCAUUGUCAGAAGUUGGCGCCCAGGGAUUGAUGCUCGUGGCGCAGGGUCAAAAGUGCAUGGUGCGCGGUCUAAAAGAGGACGGAUCUCUGCUGCCUGUAGCCUUUUUGGACAUGAGCUGCCACGUUUCCAGCGUCAAGGAACUUCCUGGCACAGGGCUUUGCGUCAUGGCCGAUGUGUUCAAGGGCCUCUGGUUUGCAGGAUAUACCGAGGAGCCCUAUACGUUCAAAAUAUUGGGUAAAAGCAGCGGCAAUUUGCCUCUCCUGGUGGCCGACUUUUUACCCGAUGGAGAAGACUUGUCCAUGGUUGCAGUCGAUGCAGAAGGCGACAUGCACAUAUUAGAAUUCAACCCUGAACAUCCCAAAUCCCUGCAAGGCCAUUUGCUUUUGCAUCGAACGUCCUUUGCCGUCACACCGAACGCGCCUACGUCAACGCUCCUGCUGCCACGAACAUUUCCGCCAACUCACCCGCAGGCGACGUCUCCCUCAUCUCACAUCUUGCUCCUGGCAUGCCCAUCAGGUCAGCUUGCAGCACUCGCUCCGCUCGCGGAAUCUACAUAUCGGAGAUUACUCUCUGUUACAAAUCAACUACACCCGGCAAUCGUACCACAUGGGGGCCUUCACAGCAAGGCACACCGGUAUCCAGAUCAGUCGUCUGCAGCAGUAGGCGUGGAAACAGCAGCCUCGUCAGGAAGGGCGGUAGUGGAUGGAACUGUCUUGGCUAGGUGGAACGAGUUGGGCGCAGCAAAGAGGGCAGAUGUCGCGCUGAGGGGAGGCUACGAUACUGUUGCUGAUUUACGAGACGAUUUGGAAGGGAUACUUGGAUGGGGCGGAAUGGCGUACUUUUAA